AUGGAACCCCUAUGUGAAUUUUGUGGGGUUGUAAGAGCUGUGGUGUAUUGCAAGUCAGAUUCUGCGCGCCUAUGCCUUAACUGUGAUGCAUCUGUGCACUCUUCCAAUCCCCUGUCAAGCCGGCACGCGCGCUCUCUUCUCUGUGAUCUCUGCUAUUGCCAUGCAGCUGUUGUUUGUUGUGUAGAUCAUAACAUGUGUGUGUGUGAAGCCUGCGAAUGGAAGCAGAAUGAGUGCUUAUUGAGGGGACACGGCCGCCUGCUGUUGAAGUUCUAUACCGGUUGUCCCUCUUUUGAGGACUUGUCUAGGCUUUGGUCCUUUGUGUUUGAUGCUAACUCCUCAUGUGGUGGUGGUUUGCAACCAAUUAGUACACUGUGUGUGGAAAAACCUGAUAAUGAUGAUGGUUUAUUUGAUUUGGUGAGUGACAAGUUGAAUGAGAUACAACCGUGCUUCAAAUUCGAGCCUUGGACGGAUCUGUCUCCCAUGAUUCCAUCAAAUCAAGAUACCAUGCAAUUCUACAAAGAUCAAGCACUUUUUCCCCCUCUAGAAUCAAACCAGCCAAAGCUGCAGGGAUGUUCUAAUUUCAACUAUCUUGGAAUCGAUGAAGGAAAUGGUUUAUGUGAAGGUCUAACUGUGGAUGGUGUUAUUCAGUUAAACUUUGAAAAUGCUGAUGAAUUAGACUGUGUAUUAAUGGAUAAUAACAUAUCAGUGACAGAAUCUAAAUGUCCUUCUGCGGAUUCCAUUGAGGUAAUCUCACUAGUCCAUUCAACUAUUGUUUCUUAAACUCCUCAUUGAUAUGCAAACUUAAUUGUCACAAAUGAGAUUGUUUAAUUUUAGGCAUCAUCAUCAGUCCAACAAGAUUUUGUAACCUUUCAAUCUCCGAGCAUGAUGCCGACCUUCCACAGUAAUGUGAAUUGUGCUCUUGUGAGUCCUAUUUACAACAGAGACAUGAAACUUGGAUUCCCUCAGGAUCAAGUUCAUUCCAGCAUAUCGAUGGAAUUAUCCAACAUUGCUGGAGACAGUAGUGCUACUGAUCUAGCUUGUGAGUUGUCCAAUGAGAUACAAUGCCCAGAGAGAAGGGCCAAAGCUAAAAUGAGAUACAAUGAGAAAAAGAAAACCCAAAUGUGUGUACCUUUAACUCUUUACACUGAUACAUAAUGGUUAAAAUGUGAUGAUUAAUUGAUUAUUAUUCUCUUAACUAUGCAAUUUGCUGAUCUCAUCUGUGUAGGUUUGGCAAACAAAUAAGAUAUGCAUCUAAGAAAGCGAGGGCCGAGGCAAGAAAACGAGUGAAAGGUAGAUUUGUUAAGACAGGAAGAAGAAUAUGAUUAUGACCCUCUGCUGCAGAAUAAACCUGAAUAAGCAUCCAAUGUGCAAUCACUAUUUUUUCAUGCAAGAUGUGGUUCUGUUUUGCAAAGUAGUCCAUAAACAUUGUGCAUAGAUUGUUUUCGUUCUGAGUUCUCAAUGGAACAAAUUAUUUAAUGCAACAAGAUAAUUGUUCAAAUCCUGUUAGAACUUUUUAACAGGUUUCGCAAUCAAAGGCAAGUGUGCACUUGGAAAUUUGGAAAAAAAGGAGUUGCAUACAUACCAUGAUAUUCCAUUUUCUUUUAUAUGUAAUAAAUGUUAAGAGGUACAGGCAUGGAACAUAGAGGAGCAUGAGGUUUGAAGUGAACAGAUUCGAAUUGCAUCACAAACAAGCAAAGAAGGUAAGAUAAGUACCUCUAUAUAUCAAACAAUCUUUUCUUCUUUUUGUUUUCAAAUAAAUAAGGAAGCCUCUUUUGUUGCAUAAGCAUUAGAGUUGAAGAUAGCAUAUGUUUUCCCUUCUUUAAAUAUUCAUUUGAAGGUAAAUGUUUUUCAAAAAUAAUCUUCUGUCUUCUCUUUUGACAUUUGUAUUUUCAUCUAGUAUUAGCAGGCCUAUAUGUUCUUCCUUGGAAAGUAAGCACCAGAUUUUGGAAAAUCUUGAUUCUGUUUUGAUCAGACACUAAACAUUGUCAACUGUAGAUUGAAACAUUUUUUGGAAGCCAGUUUCAGCAGCAGCAACUUUGAAAUCCUCUCUGUUGCCUCAAUAAUCAUCAUCAUGCUUUGUACUUCUUCAUAUUUUCUUAAGGAUUGGUAAUUAUUCUUUCAACAAUGAUUCAAACAUUGUUUGAAUGCCAUCAAAGAGUUUUGUUUUUGUCACUUCUUUUUUCCAAUGAAAUUGGAGAUAUUAAUGAUUAUUUGCUUGUUUUGACAAAUACAGGUUUUAGUACCAGCACUGCAUAAAUCUGUUUUGGACCUCAACCAUAAAUUAGGAAAAAUGACUCAUCAUAUCAUAAGCUUCUAAGUUGUUAGACAUUAAGUUAAAAAGCCAUAACAAUUUUAUAGCAUAAAUUCAUCUUGAUUAAGAUUAACUCCUUAAAAAAAGAGAACAUUCAGAUAAUAUCAUCAGGAUAGUGUUGAAUUUAAAGAUUGGAAAAAAAAUGUUUAAAAAAAUGAACAUCCCAUGCUAUUUUGAAUAGUAUUUUAGUUCUCAUGCCAAUUUUAGUUCUCAUCCUAAGACUCUGAUGCAAUGAAUCAAAGGAAGAAUCAUUGGAAGAAUCUGAUCAGCUAGGAAAGAAAGUGAUGUUUUCAUGUUGCCUUCUAAUAAUUGGUUGCUGAUGAAUCUUUAAUUGUUUAACUAAUAUAUAAUUAUGACUUGAUCAUUCAUGUAACUCUGUAUAGAAAUUAAACUUGGUAGUUUUUUUGAACAUAUAAUUCAUGAUACAAGCAACUGAAGCAAGAAUCCAUAUCAUAAAAACCAGUUCACAUUGAUUUGGUAUAUUGAAAUCUACAAGAAGUUAAAGAGAUCUAAAUUAACA